GGAGUGACGGGCCGUUAUCUGCCCAGCCGGAAAGCGCUGUAAGGUUCCGCCCAUCCGGUACCGGCUGCUCCUCGUCGCUCGGCCUCCUCCCCGGGGGGAUAAAGCUGUCAGUACGGAGCAUCCUCUGCGCCGCGGAGAGGGAGGGGAGGCCAGAAUCCCCGGAGCCCGGAGUGGUGUUGAGGGGGACGUUCCAGGGAAUGAGAGCGGCGGCUCGUUAGACGGCACCAGUUACCACCAAGGGGCAAUUACACACAGCUCAUCGCUGAGUCCGGAUCAGUACGAUCACCCCCCGUACGGCAUUUACCCAGUGACUCCCGGCCAGAGGUCCCGCCGGCCCAAGCUCCAACACUCCACCUCCAUAUUGCGCAAACAGGCCGAGGAGGACGCCAUUAAAAGGUCGCGCUCGUUAUCGGAGAGCUAUGAGUUGUCAUCAGAUCUACAGGACAAGCAGGUGGAAAUGCUGGAGCGCAAAUAUGGAGGCCGUCUCGUAAGCAGACAUGCCGCCCGCACCAUCCAGACCGCGUUCCGCCAGUACCAGAUGAACAAGAACUUUGAGCGGCUGAGAAGUUCCAUGUCGGAGAAUCGCAUGUCGCGGCGCAUCGUUCUCUCCAACAUGAGGAUGCAGUUUUCCUUCGAGGGCCCCGAGAAAGUCCACAGCUCGUAUUUCGAGGGGAAACAGGUGUCGCUGAGCAACGACGGCCCCAAAAUGGGGCGCAUGGUUCAGUCCGAAUGCGGAGACCGCGGCGAGCAAACGGCCAUGAAGUCGCCGGCGGCCUCCAGUGACUUUGCGGACGCCAUUACGGAGCUGGAGGACGCUUUCUCGCGGCAGGUCAAGUCCCUGGCGGAGUCCAUAGACGACGCUUUAAACUGCCGCAGCCUCCACGCGGACGAGGGCCAAUCGGCCGAUCCGAUCAGGGGGCGGGAGAUGGAGCGCAGCAGUUCGGGGCAGCUGAAAGCGGCGCAUAAUCUCGACCACAGGAAACUGGACGAAAUGACGGCGUCCUACAGCGACGUGACUCUGUACAUCGACGAGGAAGAGCUGUCCCCUCCUCUCCCUCUCUCCCAGUCCGGAGACAGAACCCCGAGCACAGAAUCCGAACUGAGACUCAGGUCUAUGAACUCUCAGGAGUACUGGUCCAUGACGCACAAGGAGGACAAGUUGGACACGGACACCAGCUGUAGGAGCACCCCCUCUCUGGACUGCCAGGACCACCGGUCGCGGAUCGACCACCUACCGCUGCUCACCAUCGAGCCGCCCAGCGACAGUUCCGUGGAUCUCAGCGACCGCUCGGAACGAGGGUCCGUAAAGAGGCAAAAUGUGUACGAGAGGGGGAUCCCCAAUCAGCAGGGGAGCCCCAAGCACAUCCCCCAUAUCCCCACUAAGAUUUUACCCCGCGAGGAGGAGCAGCCCCGCCACAGGCCCCGCCCCAUAGACGCCCAAUUGAUCAUUAACGGCACCAUCAACCGGCAGAGUAAGUCGGAAUCGGACUAUUCCGACGGCGACAACGACAGUAUCAACAGCACGUCCAACUCCAACGACACCAUCAACUGCAGCUCCGAGUCGUCCCGCGACAGCCUACGGGAACAGACGCUCAGCAAGCAGACCUAUCACAAGGAGACGCGCAACAGCUGGGAUUCUCCGGCCUUCAGCAACGAUGUCAUCAGGAAACGCCACUAUCGGAUUGGCUUAAACCUAUUCAACAAGAAGCCGGAGAAGGGGAUCCAGUACCUGAUAGAGAGGGGGUUCGUGCCGGACACGCCGGUCGGGGUGGCACAUUUUCUGCUGCAGAGGAAGGGGCUGAGCCGGCAGAUGAUCGGAGAAUUUCUGGGGAACCGGCAGAAGCAGUUCAACAGGGACGUCCUGGACUGUGUGGUGGAUGAAAUGGACUUUUCAGCAAUGGAACUGGAUGAAGCUCUCAGGAAAUUCCAGGCUCACAUUCGGGUGCAGGGGGAGGCGCAGAAGGUGGAGCGUUUGAUUGAAGCCUUUAGCCAACGAUACUGCAUCUGUAACCCCGGGGUUGUCCGGCAAUUCCGCAACCCCGACACCAUCUUCAUCUUAGCGUUCGCCAUCAUCCUCCUCAAUACGGACAUGUACAGCCCCAACGUCAAGCCCGAGCGCAAGAUGAAAUUGGAGGAUUUUGUGAAAAACUUACGAGGGGUAGAUGACGGAGAGGACAUCCCGCGCGAAACUCUGGUUGGGAUCUAUGAACGGAUCCACAAACGGGAGCUGAAGACAAAUGAGGAUCACGUGUCGCAGGUGCAGAAAGUGGAAAAACUCAUCGUAGGCAAAAAGCCGAUCGGAUCCUUGCACCAUGGACUUGGUUGUGUUCUUUCGUUACCGCACCGCAGGCUCGUCUGCUACUGUCGGCUUUUUGAGGUUCCAGAUCCAAAUAAACCACAGAAACUGGGUCUGCACCAGCGGGAAAUCUUCCUGUUUAAUGACCUGCUUGUGGUCACAAAGAUUUUCCAGAAAAAGAAGAAUUCUGUAACUUACAGUUUCCGGCAGUCGUUUUCCCUUUAUGGAAUGCAAGUUCUUCUGUAUGAGAAUCAUAAUUACCCUAACGCCAUUCGUCUCAGCUCGGCCAUCCCUGGCGCAGACGUUAAGGUUCUCAUCAACUUCAACGCCCCAAAUACUCAGGACCGUAAGAAAUUCACGGAUGACUUGCGAGAGUCGAUAGCCGAAGUUCAAGAGAUGGAAAAGUACAGAAUAGAGUCGGAGUUAGAAAAGCAAAAGGGAGUGGUGCGGCCCAGCAUGUCCCAGAGCUCCAGCCUGAAGAAGGAUUCGGGCAACGGCGCCCUGAACAGGGCGUGUCUAGACGACAGCUACGCCACGGGGGAGGGGCUGAAACGCAGCGCCCUAAGCAGCUCUCUCAGGGACCUCUCGGAAGCAGGCAAGCGUGGGAGACGCAGCAGUGCAGGAUCGCUAGACAGCAAUAUGGAAGGGUCCAUCAUUAGCAGCCCCCACAUACGCCGACGAACCCCAUCUACCCGGGAGUGCCCGUCUCGCCAGAGCAUGCCCAACUCUUCCUCCUCCCUCUUAGGCUCUUUAUUUGGCACAAAACGGGGCAAACCCCCAUCCUCCUCCUCGUCCCAAGGCCACCUGGCUUCCGGCGCCUCGCAGCACCCGACUCUGAUCUCCCACCAACGCCACUCAACGGGGGAACUGGUGGGGCCGCCGGAGGGCCAAACCCAGGCACAAGUACACGCACAGCACUCCCAGUACUACCAUAUGCAGCAGAACCCUCCUCCCUACCAUCAUCAUCAUCACUAUCUCCCACCCCAGCACCUUCAGCAGCACCAGUACCACCCCCUGGCACAGCACCCCCCCUACAUGCAACAUUCCCACCUCCCCCCGACCCACUCUGCACAUUCCCAGCAUGCACAGCACCACCACAGCCAGCAGCUCUCCUCCUCAUCCGUAAGCACGAAACCAAAACACAGCGGCAUCAGUACAAUAGUCUAGGCCCCACAAUGCAUUGCUCCCGGCGGAAGCGAAUCCGGCCGACGCGUUAACGUUUACAUAGUUAGUGGGAGAGACGUUAAUGGUGGGUUGGGCAGAGGGGCCCCCCAGCAGGGCCCACAGAACCUCCGUAGAUAGAACCAAGAACAUAUUCUACCGUUUAACACUUUAGAGCCGAAUCACGUGGCCCCUCUCGUCCCACUGUGGCCCUGCAUUAACGCUACGAAUAAGUGUCAUGUUUUAGGGGCGGGGAAUCAAAUCGUAUUUAUUGCUUGAUAACCGAGUAAGUGUACAAAUAGACCAACUGCAUCGUUGCUGUGUAACUUCCCCCCUGCUUUGCUUCCCGGAGCUGCUAGGGUUAAUAUGAGAUUAGGAUUUAGCGGAUUAUUCUACUUGAACCCGAAACACCUUUUGUUCUGACUUCGAGCAGUUGUAGCAAUAUGGGGGCGGAGCCUGGACGGAACGCACUACUGCUGGGACAUUUGCACUUAAUCCACAAAUAAAUGUGCCAACCCCUCACUCACACUCACUCUGCUUCACUCACACUCACCCCCCUGACAUUGGAUCAGUAAUCGCCCCCCCCC